AUGAGCGCAACUGCCCACUAUCUCGCAGACGACUCAGGACUCCCCGCGCCCUUGAACAUUCAGGCUCUCGGCGCCAAGACCAUAUGGCCCGGUCUCGCAGGUGUUUCAGACACAAGGGUGUCAAUGUCGUUUACGCGAUUCGGAAUUGGACACUGCUCAACAUGGAACCGGUCUCUCUCUGUCGGACCAUUGGUGCCUGGGACAAGCAUCGUACUUGCUGGCCACUCUGAUUGGGUGCUGUCGGCCCACUCCGCUGCGCUGCGGGACGCACGUAGGCUUCAACUCUCUGCCGGGACCGCAAUGCUCUCGACAUCUACGGAUAUCCUUGGUUUCGCUCAGGGUCUGCGACGUCGUGCGGCCACCGUUGACUCCGAGAAGAGUACGACGUCUUCCUCACACCUAUCACGCCGAGUCAGGAUGUAUGUUGGCUCGCUUUUGCGGCCCCGCUGGCGGAUGCGCUCGCCGUCUUCAUCUUCCGUUCAUCGCCCACGUCAACCUAGGCCAGCGACCGACUUAGUUGCGGGUCCAAUCGGGUCGCGUGAAGCCGGAGCCGGUCCCCCAAUGUAUUCCAGGACACCUUCCAUAUGUGGGACUUCACCGCCCAUCGAUGCGCGUGCUAGGACAAACAAGCAGGGCGGCCGAGGCGCUGUGGCUGUGCGCGCGCGGGCGGAACAUACGAAGGUCGUCGUCGGCAUAGGCGUUCUGUGGUCGCUUGCUGCACACGAGAAGGAGCAGUGCCGGCACCCCAUGGUCCAAUCCCAUGUGCGGGAAUUGCGGGCGCAGCGGGAAAACAGUCGCGGCUCGAAAGUGAAUCUCAUCUCGGGGCCUGUCGCUCCACUCGACGAUCGAAUCCGCACAGGGCCGAUCGCAUCGUGCGGCUCGCCAUAUGGCCCGUGCGCCCGAAACGACACGGAGUUGAGUAAGGGCUGUUUGCUCGUGUGGGCGUGGGCAGCGCUGGUAAUUUCAAUAGGAUGGCGCCGCACCGUGUGGAUGAGGAGGCACGAUUCACGUCCUGUGCGCGACGUGCUACGUUUGAGGACGUUUGACAGAUCGACCUUUGUCUAUGCUGUCUAUGCUAUAGCAUCCAUGCGUCAGCGAUUUCGCACCUCUGUGCCGUUUGUUCGUCCAUUCAGGAGGUGUCUGCACUCUUCCCCCGCCUGCCAUGAGCAUAUGGCCAUCGGUGUUCAGGUGGCUCCUAAAGGGAAUUCACAGUUCAUUGCCAAUCCCUCUGAUGACCCGUCACGCAACUCGUGGAGGGCAACGGCGGAGCAGUUGUCUAUACAUCUAGAUUCUCUAUCACUUCCCUUGAAGGCCGAUGAGAUUUCGGAUCAUAGCCAAGGUGUUGUAGGCCGCAAUUACUAUGUGGCUUGGUUCAAGUCACACGGACCGUUCAGCCGCGCCGCAACGCCACAGUUCGUGCAUAGUACUUACAGUGAAAGUCCGGGAUGCGCGCAAACGAAACGGGUGGCAGUGACAGCAAAACUGAAGUUCUCCGCCAAGAACGCUGUGACGUUGGGACUCGGAAUCUGGUAUGGCAUCCGACGUGACGUUCAUGCUGCAGGAUCUGUGGCCGGCGGGCCGCCCAGUGGGAUCGUAGUACUCGCCGUACUAGUACUAUUAUUCACUCAGUUCCUGCGGGAGCCUUCGCGCUGA